GGACACCAGUUUGGCGCUUUUGAGUGGAUUGUGUAAAAUUCUCAUCGCUGCCAAAAUAUGUACAAGCUAAAUUUAAUAGUUCAUAUAAAUAUAUGAUAAGUAAUUGCAUUGAAAAAUUAUUAUUUUUAUGUAAAAGUAUAAAGAGGUAUUCAAGUGGGCAUCUAUUUUUUAUCAAAAGUUUACUAUUAACAAUCUUAACUAAAUUUAUCGCGCACAUAAUAUACUAAUUGUCAGUGAAGUGUUGUUAACGAACGUUUCUUAAGCGAGCAAACAUGUGGUUGAUUAGGGAACAAACUUAUUGAACAAUAUAAAAAUUGAUAAAAAUGAUGUCAGAUUAGAACUAUCGAAAAUGUGAUUAUUGUUUGUGAUUGUGAUAAAAUAAUAAAAAUAUAUAACUUACUUAUCCUAUCUUCAACAUUUUAUUUAUGUGUUUGAGGUAUUAAUAUUUUCAAGAUACACUUUUAGGAUAGUUGAAUAAAUUCGUUCGGUAUUUUGGGAUCAUGGAUGCACCUAAGACUUCUGAUAUUGUACUCUUAUCAGGAAACUCUCAUCCAGAAUUAGCAAAUUUAAUUCACAAGAGACUAGGAGUAAAAUCAAGCGGAUGUGCUGUUUAUCAUAAAUCAAAUCGCGAAUCGAUGGUCCAAAUUAACGAUUCUAUUAGAGGGAAGGAAGUCUACAUUAUCCAAACUGGUGCAAAGGAUGUUAACAAUAAUAUUAUGGAACUAUUGAUAAUGGCUUAUGCUUGUAAAACUUCAUCAGCAAAAUCCAUUGUUGGUGUUAUACCUUAUCUUCCUUAUAGCAAGCAAUGCAAAAUGCGUAAACGAGGCAGCAUUGUCACAAAACUAUUAGCACAAAUGAUGUGCAAUUCAGGAUUAACGCAUAUCAUAACAAUGGACCUGCACCAAAAAGAAAUACAAGGAUUUUUUGAUUGCCCUGUUGACAAUUUAAGAGCUAGCCCUUUCCUCCUUCAAUAUAUUCAAGAAAGUAUUCCAGAUUAUCGUAAUUCAGUAAUAGUUGCAAGAAAUCCUGCAGCAACAAACAAAGCUACUUCUUAUGCAGAACGUCUUCGACUUGGUAUUGCAGUUAUUCAUGGAGAACAAAAACAGUCUGAUUCAGAUGAGAUAGAUGGAAGAUAUUCCCCUCCAACCUUACCUAGAUCACGUACCAUGGAUGCAGGUGUUGGUGUACCUGUACAUAUUGCUAAGGAAAAACCUCCAAUUAAUGUAGUUGGAGAUGUGGGUGGACGCAUUGCUAUCAUGGUGGAUGAUUUAAUAGAUGAUGUCCAGUCUUUCGUCGCAGCUGCUGAAGUCCUAAAAGAACGUGGAGCUUAUAAAAUUUACGUUAUGGCUACACAUGGAUUACUUUCAUCUGAUGCUCCUCGUUUAAUUGAUGAUUCACCUAUAGAUGAAGUGGUGGUCACCAAUACCAUACCGCAUGAACUUCAAAAAAUGCAGUGCCACAAGAUAAAAACAGUGGAUAUCUCGAUUUUACUAUCAGAAGCUAUUAGACGAAUUCACAAUAAAGAAUCCAUGUCAUAUUUAUUCAAAAACGUCACUCUUGAAGACUAAGUUUCUAAAAUUGUGAAACAUAACUUAUAGUCUUUAAUUUUUAUCAAGUGUCCUGUACAAAAUCAGGCACUAUUGCAAAUGGUCAUAAAUUUGCAAAAGUUGAAGUUUGUUUUUGGAAAAUAUUUUAUUGAAAACAACUUGAUAAAUUUGAUUUUCACAAUUAAAGGGUUUAAGUGGCUAUUUUGAUGACCGCACUUUUUACAAUGUUUUUACUUUAUUUUAAUCGAUAUCUUUAUAGGUUUUGGAAAUUUAAACAUUAGGUUAUCCGUCCAAAUUUAUUAAAAUUUCAUGUUAUUGAAGCAAUACAUGUAAGAUUCAAAAUAUAUAAAAACUUGAGGUUUAUAUGUCCAAUUAUAUUUUAUCAUUAUUUAGCACACUUAGACAAAUUGACAACUUUGUAAAUCUACUAGUUUAAUUUCUAGAGGGUUUUUUACUAGAAUCAGGGCUAUAUUUCUUUAUAUUUAUUCAAUAACUGCUUCUGUCUAUUUGUUGACCACAAUAACUGAUACUAUCAUAGUUAUUUUAGAUAUUCACUUUUUAGUUUUACUGUUAAAUAGUGUAUUUUCUUGAAUUAAUGUUCUUGAUUUUAGAUGAUCUAACUUUUGUAUCUAUCAAACUAUUUUUUUGACAUUAAUAACCUUGGUAUCUAAAUCAAUUGAUUAAAUGAAUAUCAAAAUACAAUCUACAUCAAUCAUCAGAUAUUUUGUCUUUAAUUGUAAAUAUUCUUAAUACACACAAGCAAAAGUAAAAUUAUAACAUAGUUGAAAUUGCUUAGGUAUUUUUAUCAAUUAUAGAAUUUUCCAUUUUUAUGUAUAUGAACCAUUACUAAGAAUUCUCGUCUUUGUAUUUGAAUCUAUUUCCAGAAUUUUUAAAUUUUUAUACUCAUGUAUGUGUGUUUUUCCUAUGACUGUUUUUUUUAUUUAUUUGAUCUAUUUUCGAAAUAUGUCUCCUAUACAAACAGCUUUACAAUUAUAAAACAAAAAUAUUCUCUAUAAAAAAAUAUUUAUUAAAAUAGACCUAAAAUCGAAGAACAUUCAUUAAAAACUAGAUGAAUAUUAUAUUUUGAACAUAAUUGUGCUUUGAUACCAAAAUUAUAUUUAUCAUGUUUGUAUAUUGUUUUACGCAGUACUUCACCAGCAACAGUACCAAACGUACUUAUUGUACUAGAUGAUAUGUACAUUUACAAUAUUUUUAUGACUGUACUAUAAACAAUAACAAUAGGAUAUAAAUAAAUUAACAUUCUAUACCAUACAUUUAUAUUUGUCCAAGAUUAAAUAAGAUUCCUCUGA